AUGGACGUCAACCAGGUUCUCGCUGGAACCAUUUCUCCCGGUACGUGCAAGAUCCUCCUGUCUCGCCCUGCGCUCGACUUCCCGCCGCACACGACCACUCCGCGCGCCAUACACUCGACUUUGAACCAGUGCUGAUCUUCUCACAGACGCGAACACACGAACGGCCGCUGAGCAGCAGCUGUCACAAGCUGCCGAGCAGGAUUUUGUAAGUACCUUCUGUUGCCCGUCUUUCAAAGGAACUAUGCUGACCACGUCCGGCUACAGUCUGGCUACCUCACCACCCUUUCUCGCGAGCUCGCAAAUGAUGGCGCCGACUCCUCGGUUCGUAUGGCCGCCGGUCUAGCGCUCAAGAACUCCUUCUCCUCCCGCGAUUUUGCCCGUUUGAGAGAAGUCCAGCAGCGAUGGUUGGAGCAGAUCGACCCCUCGAUCAAACAGAACGUCAAGGCAGCGUCCUUACAGACACUCAACUCGAACGAUGCAAGAGCAGGACAGUCAGCAGCGCAAUUCAUUGCGGCCAUCGCAGCCAUAGAACUGCCUCGAGAGCAGUGGCCGGAGCUAAUGCCACGCCUGGUCGAGAAUGUCGGAAAUGGCAGCGAUCACGCAAAACAGGCCUCUUUGACCGCUAUUGGAUUCAUUUGUGAGGCGGAAGACCAAGACUUGCGCGACAGCCUCGCACAGCACAGCAACGCAAUCCUCACGGCUGUAGUGCAGGGUGCGCGUAAAGAGGAGCCCAACAAUGACAUCCGAAACGCGGCCAUCACAGCACUCGGCGACUCUCUCGAGUUCGUGCGAACCAACUUUGAGAACGAAGGCGAGCGGAACUACAUCAUGCAGGUAAUUUGCGAGGCAACUCAGGCAUCAGACAACCGCAUACAGCAAGGAGCGUACGGCUGUCUAAAUCGUAUCAUGGGUCUGUACUACGAAAAGAUGAAGUUCUACAUGGAGAAGGCCCUCUUCGGCCUUACAAUCCAAGGAAUGCGAAGUGAGGAGGAGGAAGUUGCCAAAUUGGCUGUGGAAUUCUGGUGCACCGUGUGCGAGGAAGAGAUCAGCAUCGAGGAUGACAACGCCCAAGCAACAGCGGAGGGCAGCGCUGAGCUACGACCCUAUUUCAACUUCGCUCGCGUCGCGACUCAGGAGAUUGUGCCUGUCCUAUUGGAAUUGCUUGCCAAGCAGGACGAGGAUGCAGCAGAUGACGAGUACAACCUUUCACGGGCCGCAUACCAAUGUGUACAGCUCUGGGCGCAAGCUGUGGGCAGUCAUGUCGUACCAUCAGUCCUUGCUUUCGUCGAGAAGCACUUGCGCAGCGACGACUGGCACUACCGUGACGCAGCUGUCUCUGCAUUCGGCGCAAUCAUGGAAGGCCCGGACGAGAAGGUGCUGGAUCCCCUUGUGAAGCAGGCGCUUCCAGUCCUCAUUACCAUGAUGACCGAUUCAUCCAUUCAAGUCCGAGACUCUGCUGCAUAUGCUCUGGGUCGCAUUUGCGAGGCGGUGUCGGACGCCAUUGAUCCUAACGAGCACCUUCAGCCUCUCAUUACUGCGCUUUUCCAGGGUCUCGCAUCUCAUCCAAAAAUGGCCAGCUCUUGCUGCUGGGCCCUCAUGAACCUCGCAGAUCGGUUUGCCGGUGAGCCAGGUUGCCAGUCGAACGCUCUGUCGCCGCACUUCCAGGCCAGUGUGCAACAUUUGCUUCAAGUCACCGAGUCGACACAAGACAACAUGCUCCGCACAGCAGCCUACGAAGUGCUCAAUGCCUUUGUCACCAACGCCGCAAACGACUCUGUGCAUAUGGUUGCCAGCCUCAGCGAUGUGAUCAUUGAGCGUCUGGAAAAGACACUUCCACUGCUGCAGCAAGUCGUCUCUGUCGAGGAUCGUCUGACACUGGACGAGAUGCAGACUUCUCUCUGCUCCGUCAUCCUGGCCAUCAUUGCUCGCCUGGAGAAAGAGAUUGCUCCUCUCGGCGAUCGUGUCAUGCAGCUCAUGCUCAAUCUGCUCCAGGCUCUCCCACCCAAGUCUAGCGUCCCGGAUACCGUCUUCGCUACUGUCGGCCAGUUAGCGAGCGCUCUCGAGGCUGAUUUCGAUAAGUAUAUGGGCGCUUUUCAACCAAUCUUGCUCAACGCUCUCAACAACCAGGACGAGCCUCAGUUGUGCUCCAUGGCUAUUGGAUUGGUGACUGAUAUCGCUCGUGCGCUCGAAGGCAAGGUUCAACCGUAUUGCGACGGAUUCAUGAACAGCCUGCUCAACAACUUGAGGAGCCCUGGACUUGGCAAUCAGCUCAAGCCUGCCAUUCUCCAGUCUUUCGGUGAUAUCGCGCAGUCAAUCGCCGGUGACUUUGAGAACUAUCUGUCCGUCGUUGCUCAAGUCCUGAACCAAGCCGCUGGCGUAAGCUCCCAGGAGAGUGCGAACUUGGACAUGCUCGACUACAUUGUCUCCCUGCGCGAGGGUAUCAUGGACGCAUGGAGCGGCAUCAUCAUGGCUAUGAGGAGCUCGAACAAGCGUGAGUACACCCGUGAUCCUUACCUAUCGCAAGAGCACGUACUAACAACCUAUGCAGAGAACCUACUCCUUAACUACGUCGAUGCGAUCUUUGGUCUGCUCAACAACGUCUACCAGGACCCAAACCGGACCGAGGCUCUCCUUAGGUCGAGCAUGGGUGUCAUUGGGUGAGUAAUUCGUGGAGACAAGCUUCUGAUGCAUCCAACUAACUUCCUUGGCAGUGACCUCUCUGAAGCUUUCCCAGGCGGUGAAGUUGCCCAACACUUCCGCCAGUCGAGCGAUUGGCUCACUGCUAUGGCACGUGAGACACGAUCCAACAAGGACUUCUCUCAGCGUACCCAGGAGACUGCCCGGUGGGCACGCGAACAAAUCAAGCGUCAAUCAGGUGAGCUCAACUCCCUUCCCUUCGCGAAGCCUUCAAUGAGCAAGAUCGUGAAGUUUCGGUUGCCUGCCGCGUCGUUGACGGCAGUGACCUGA